UAUAAAGCAGUGAGUGGGGUACACGUUUCACGGAUCACUAUGUUGUACCUGUUGUAUAUCCUGGUGUUGUUGCGGACGGCGCUGACUCAGAACCCAGAUGGGGAGGUAUGCCUCUCCGGGGGAGGCAUAGAAAUCAGAGUCAAGGAUUUCAGCGGUUUACAAGAGGUGGGAGUUCAUUAUGAUGUCAACAAGCCCCUAGCCGGCGCAGCAGGAGCCGACAGCAACUAUGAAAUCACCCACAAGACAGGUUCAUACUGGGUACACAAGAACCCCAACGUUCACGUGAAGGUCGGGGACACCGUCAACUACUGGCUGUAUUUCAAGGUCAACGGACAGGGUCGAACAAAGACAGACUUGCACGCCACAGUUGGAAGCUCCUGUAGCGGCGGCAGCUCGGGCACUCAUACGGGCACAGGGACAGGAACCCACACAGGCACAGGCACAGGCACCCACACAGGCACAAGCACUGGCACAAACCUCGGUAACAUGAAAUUCAUCUUCAGUGACGACUUCAGUUCCGGCACUAUCGACAGCAGCAAGUGGAAACAGGAAGUGUCAGCGUUCGGGGGCGGGAACUGGGAGUUCCAAGUCUACACGCCCGACAAGGAGAACACCUACAUCAGGAACGGCGUCCUCUAUAUGAAGCCAACGCUGACGGCAGAUAAGUUUGGCAACGACUUCCUCUACCACGGCGUACUGGAUGUUCAGAAACAGUGGGGUACCUGCACUGACUCUCGGUGGUACGGCUGUAAGCGGGACGCCAAGGAUGCCCUCAUCCCUCCCAUCCUCUCCUCCAAGCUCAUCUCGCUGGUGGACUUCAAGUACGGCCGUGUAGAGAUCGUGGCCAAGAUGCCAGAGGGAGACUGGAUCUGGCCAGAACAGUGGGGUACCUGCACUGACUCUCGGUGGUACGGCUGUAAGCGGGACGCCAAGGAUGCCCUCAUCCCUCCCAUCCUCUCCUCCAAGCUCAUCUCGCUGGUGGACUUCAAGUACGGCCGUGUAGAGAUCGUGGCCAAGAUGCCAGAGGGAGACUGGAUCUGGCCAGCUAUCUGGCUGAUGCCCAAGUCCUUUGUGUAUGGCGGAUGGCCAGCUUCCGGCGAAAUCGACAUGGUGGAAGCAAGGUGUAACCUUCACUAUGGAAAUAUCGGGGUACAGAGAGUGAUGUCAACACUACAUUGGGGGCCCAACCCCGGGAGCGACAGCUGGCCCAAGACCACCCAGGGGAAAUACGCAUCCGGCGGCACCUGGGCUGAUGAUUUUCACACGUACACUCUGGACUGGGAUGCUAGUGGCAUUGUCAUCUCCGUUGACGGGGACGCCAUCCUCAACAGAACCACUCCCUCAAACGGAUACGGGGGCUUCAGUGGGAUCAACCCCUGGGCUGGACACGGCAAGGACGCCCCCUUUGACCAAGAGUUCCACUUCCAAAUGAACGUUGCUGUCGGCGGCACCCUCGGCUUCUUCCCCGACAACGUCCAGAACUCCCCCUACCCCAAACCCUGGUGCAACACGUGUCCGACAGCUGGUCAGUCUAACAAAGCAUUCUGGGAGGCCAAGGACCAAUGGUACCCCACCUGGAAGGGCGAGAAGGCCGCCAUGGCGGUCAAGUCCGUCAAAAUCUGGAGUCACUGAUUAACGGAAAUAGUUCUUGUUCGAUAAUCUAGCUAGUAUAAAUAUAUGGUAAGAUGAA